AUGGAAGGGAGCAAAAUGGAACGAGAAAUUUGCAUAGACAAAAUAAUUGAAAAACUUCUUGGUGCAAAGAAUAGCAAAGCAGGAAUGAAUGUAAAUUUACUAGAACAAGAAAUAAUUUACUUAUGUAGAUCUACACAGGAAAUUCUAAAAAACCAACCUACUUUUCUAGAAUUAAAAGCUCCUAUAAAAAUAUGUGGAGAUACACACGGACAAUAUUAUGAUCUUUUGAAAUUAUUUGAAUAUGGUGGAUUCCCACCUGUUAGUAAUUAUCUAUUUUUAGGCGACUAUGUAGAUAGAGGUAAACAAUCUAUAGAAACAGUUUGCUUACUUAUGGCUUACAAGAUUAAAUACCCAGAUAAUUUUUUUCUUCUAAGAGGCAAUCACGAAUGCGCCAGCAUUAAUAAAAUUUAUGGUUUCUACGACGAAUGUAAAAGAAGAUACGACGUACGACUAUGGAAUAUUUUUACAGAAUGUUUUAAUUAUCUGCCAAUAGCUGCUUUAAUAGACUCUAAAAUUUUGUGCAUGCAUGGUGGAAUUUCUCCAGAUCUGAAAAAUCUGAGUCAAAUAAAAAAUAUUGCACGACCAACAGAUGUACCAGAUUCUGGUUUAUUGUGCGAUUUGCUUUGGAGUGAUCCAGAGCCUGCCAUUUCUGGCUGGGGAUACAAUGAUAGAGGAGUCUCUGUGACAUUUGGUGCAGAUAUAGUCGAAAACUUUCUAGAAACACAAAAUCUAGAUCUUAUUUGUAGAGGACAUCAAGUCGUAGAAGACGGAUACGAAUUUUUUGCUUCAAGAUCACUUGUUACAAUAUUUUCUGCUCCAAAUUAUUGCGGAGAAUUUGAUAAUAGUGGGGCUAUUAUGAAUGUUAGUAAAGAUCUUGUCUGUUCAUUUCAAAUUUUAAAGCCAAGAGGCACAGGCGAUGAAGAUAAAAAGACGCUUUAG